UUAGGGCGUGGUCAUACGGAGCUCUGUUUUAUGACGACCACGCACGCUGCGUUCGACCGUCUUCAUUUGCACUUUGUUAAAAAACAAACAAACAAACAAACAAAAACAAAACAACAACCCUGACUUCUCCUCACCCAAGUACACAGACUGCUGAACUAAACUGAAGAUGCCAACGCAAAGCGUACUUGUCCGAGAUUCCUCUUUUCUGACGAGGGUACUACAACAGUACUUGAGUUUGUUAAAGAAAUAUCCAAUCAUCACCAAAUCGGUUACGAGUGGUAUUCUAUCUGCUGUGGGAAAUCUUCUGUCUCAAGCUUUGGAGUACAGGAAGAACAGCAAAGAAAAUAGCCCGAAAAAGAAAAUCAGUGUCCUGGGACCUUUACACUUUGCAGUAUUUGGACUCUUUAUCACUGGUCCAGUCAGUCAUUACAUUUACCAACUCUUGGAGGUGCUGUUGCCAACCACUGUCCCAUACUGGCUGAUCAAGCGCCUUCUGCUGGAACGUCUAAUAUUCGCCCCUGCUUACCUCUUGCUCUUUUAUGUGGUUAUGAAUGCUUUGGAGGGCAAGACACUCACAGAUGUUCAAAACAAACUUAAAACAAGUUACUGGCCUGCAAUGAAGAUGAACUGGAAGGUUUGGACCCCAUUUCAGUUUAUCAAUAUCAACUAUGUACCUGUACAGUUUCGAGUGCUGUUUGCCAACCUGGUUGCUUUGUUCUGGUAUGCCUACCUAGCCUCAGCCAGGAAAUGAAACCACAAAACCAGCUACAGUGGACCUAGGUUGGUUUAGAUUGGUUGAAUCCAGUUUGUGCCUUUAAAGGACUGCUGCACAUCAGAUGUGUUUUAAAUGUCUUCCAGGACAACUGACAGGGAAUAUUGGUCAGUUUCUGUAAAAUAACUGUGAUGUGGGUCGGUGAUGAGAUUUUACUGCUGCUUUCACUGACUGCUAAUGAAUUAUUGCUCUGUUAUGAAUCAUUUUAGGAAAAAAAAAAUCUUCUGAAUGUCUUUCUGCUGCUUAUGGAAGCACUGACAAUGAUGUCAGGAUUUUGAUUGUUGUAUUUGAUUAAUUAAAAAACACUGAUUACA